AUGAUGGCCGUCAGGUCGCCGUUGCCCAUUCUGUCGUAUCACGAUGCUUCCAGCCCGUAUGCUGGGUCGGAUUCGAUGCCCUUCGAAGGUCCUUCAGCCAGUGCGAGGAACUCCAUUUAUAUCGCUCCGGAAGCAAAGUCAGUCGAUACAACGGAUUCUAUGCCUGUUGCCCCCGCAUCAGAUGGAGCGGAGCUAGAUGAGGAUAACCAUGAUGAUGAGGGGUCUAUUUCGGCAACACCAAUUCAGGAAUCAGGGCCAGCUAUACAUCCAGGCCUGACGAUAAAAACUACACACCCGCUUAAUAUUGGUUAUAAUACAAGAUCAGACGAUGAUGAACCACCACAGUCUGUCAUACAUGCUCCACCGGGAUUCAGAGAAUUUACUCGGGGGCAGACUCAAGAACAAGAACAAGAAUCAUGUGAUGACGAUGAAUCAUCUUCGCCAGACUCGGAGCAUGCUCAGUUGGCCAUUGCACCAGGAAAAGUCAGAAAGAUUGGUAAUAGUCCCAUAUCCCCACCACCAUUGACGACAUCGGUCGCACCCCCAAAGGACUGGUCGGAACGAGCAACCCCCCGUGCGCAGACCAGACAUGAGUUUGAAGAAUCAGAGCGACGCACACGCUCCAGCAGUUUAGAAGGUGACAAUCCAUUCUAUAAUUCUUGGGAUACGUCAAGCUAUACAUCGGCUCACACUUGGAUAGAUAUCCCCGAAGGAAAUUUCUCAAGCAAACAAGCCGAGAUCAACGCGCUACGUACAGCCCUGGCAGAAUGUUGGACACUAUGUAAUACGCUGGCUAGUCUUAGUUAUAUAAAUCGAGAACGGCUCGUGGGAACACCGGAAGAUGAGAUGCAAGAGGAUGCCUGGAGAUGCUGCUGGCGGCUAUGCCAGAAGUUAUACGAUACACGGGAGGACGAUUUUGCCCUGCAGGUCAACCCGACACUCGACCUUUGCCGAGACUUCUGCCAGGCCCUAUUUGAGGUCCGAGACUGCGAUAGUGAUAUUACGGACUCGGUGCUUCGCGUGAGCUUUGAGCUUAAUAAUCACCUUUAUAACACGCAUGAUCGCAACCUACCAGAUGCGUUCCGGGAGCGGACACUGGACUUCUAUAUUACCUUAUGUCACCGUCUCAUGAAGCAACGCACGCGUCUGACCGCGACGGAUUCGCUCCUCAGCGCAUGUUGGACGUUGGCCGAAAUGCUAUUCAGCAUCCGACAGAGUAAGCGAGAAGGAAAGAAGCUGGACGAGGAGCUACUUGGGUCGGCUGUGCAGGCCUGUUGGGAACUUUGUGAUAUUUUCCGCGAGGGCUGGACCCUGCACAGUAUGCGUAACUCGGAUCGGGGCACACCACGGCCUAGCCAAACGACAUUUGCCCAAGCCUUCCAACAGGCGGCACAACAAUCCGAACUUGACUUUGCUGAUGACUCUGGGCAACUCAACCCGGAGACCCCAACCACCAUCUUUGAGGAUACAGCAACGGUCUCCCCCGAUGAAGCUUCCGUGCCCAAUAUACUCGUGCUCGGCCAUGGUCACAGUCACAGCAAUGGGCACGGCCAUAGCUCCCACCCCAAGUGGCCCUCUGGUGCGUCCAGCAUUUCGGAUAAUUCUCGGUCCUCGGGACAUACCGCGUCGUCGGCGAACACGGUGACUACGGUCUCCGAGGAUGCAAAUUUCACCCGAUUGAAGGUGUUGGUAAUCAAAGCGGCUAUCAACAGUGGGUACCAACGGGGCAAAUCGCAGAAUCUACCAGCUUUUGUGAAGUCUCUACCUUCGGAUGCAUUUGGUUCGGCGCCGUGGCAGACCUCGUUGUUGAAGUACUAUCGAAAGUUAGUCGCGUUUGAUCCAGCCUUCCGUAGCGUUGGCUCGCAGGCCCGCGUGAGUGCGGUUGAGGUUGCCCGUGCGUGUCAAGCAAUGCUUCAAAGUGGACAGUAUUCAUGGCUGCGUGAUCUCUACCGCCUCGUUUUCGGAUUCCACAUGGAAGAAGCGAUGAGCCGGAAUACGAUCACCAUCCAGACUUGA